UUUUCAAAAUAAAAUUCAAAUCUUCUAUUUCACUUCCAAAUCAACUUGGGACAACUAAAGGAAAAUAUAAAAUGACUCCAAAUUUAAAUCAACAACAAUUAAUCGAUAUUGCAAAAGCCGUUGCUGAAAUAUUAAAGCCCACUAUCACUGAAAUUGUUAAAACAACAAUAUCUGAAAUUUUUAAACAACAAUCUAAUUCUAAUGAUUCACCAACAAUCAAUACUCCUUGGGGCUGCCCUCCUCUUAAUAUCUACUCUUCCAACCUCUCCUCUCAAUGUCAAAUAGCACAAACAAUCAAUAAUGCUAUCAUCAAUUCUGAAACAAUCAAGGCAAAAUCUUUGCGUGCUGUUAUUGAAAAAUUGCCCGAAGUAAAUGAUGAAGGUAUGGUUAGAAGUUUAGUAAAAGAAUGUGGACUUGAAGAUAAAGUUGAUUUUGCUGGUAUCCAUAGACAUCCACCACAUAAAAAUAACAAAAGCAGUAAACCGCAUAUUCUAAAAAUACCCUUUACUGAUACAAAAUCUCGUGAUACUUUUUUAUACUCAUUUCGUAAAUGUGUCAAAUCUCUUCCUAAUGUUCCUAAAAAUAUAACAGCCAGACGCGAUAUGACCCAAUAUGAAUUAAAUAUUCUUUAUAACCUUCGUAAACAAGCUUAUGACCUUAAUGUUCGUGAAAACUUAUUUAAAUACUUUGUUGUUGAUUUAGAAAUUCGUAAAAUGUCACAACCAAAACCUCUUAAGGUAAAAAAUGUUUCCGCAUAGGGUAAUUCGAGUAACCAUACUGGUAAUUUAAAAACAACUUUAAACUCUAAUAUAUUAUCCUGUUUGGCUUUUAAUGCACGAUCUAUAAAUAAUAAAACCUUCGAACUCCAGGAACUCUUGGAAAAUAACAAAAAUAAAAUAAUACUAAUAAACGAAACCUGGCUUAAAGAAAAUAACAUUAUACAUUCAGAAUUUUCACUUAAAGGACAGUUUAACCCAAUAUUUGCUAACAGAAAACAAGGUCUUGGGGGCGGCUGCCUAAUACUCAUUCCCUCCGAAAUUCCAUACAAAUUAAAAUUUACAGGCACAAAAUUUAAAUGCGAAAUUAUACAUUUAAAAUUACUUAUACAAAGGGGUAUUGAAAUUUUUUGUGUAUACCGACCACCAAAAUGUUCAUAUGAUGA